UUAUCUAGAUAAUACACACGUUUUGAUUUAAGAUUACGAGAAAAUAAUCAAAACAAGUGAUUUUGUAUAAAUUGAGAGUCUUAAUUACUUUUCGCGAUAAAUUCAAAAAUGGUGGGUCACAGUGUUGUCGCGUUUUUGGCAUUCAUAGCUGCCGUUGCAGCGGUGCCAGCAGAGUUCGACCCGAUUAUCUCUCGACUAGACCCCGAAGGUCUCCGGUAUGGCUACAUCAGAGAUGACGAGGGAACUCCACAUUUAGUAGACUCCUGGAUUAAGGCUAGUGACCUGAGGAAUAUGGCCAGAUAUAAUCCGGAUACGGAUAAUGAGUAUCAUUUGUAUACUAGAUCCAAUCCCCUGAUUAGCCAGCCAAUCGUGCAAGGCAACUCAGCUCUCCUCUCAGCCAGCAACUUCAACCCAGCUAGACGUACUGUCAUACUCAUACACGGCUUCUUGGGGAAUAUACUCAGCGGGUUUAAUACUGUGCUAGUGCCGGCAUUCUUGAUGGCUGGUGAUUUUAACAUCAUUGUCGUGGACUGGGGCAAAGGCGCUCACUUCGGUUUCAAUGGAAUCAGUUCUGGACGCAGUGUCGGCCGUUUUAUAACCUGGCUGAACCAGGCGUCAGGGGCUUCGGUGAACAACUACCAUAUACUCGGAUACAGUGUUGGAGCGCAUCAGGCCGGUAUUGUAGGCCGCAGCCUUAAUGGACAAGCUAGUUAUAUUACUGCUAUGGACCCCGCAGACCGCUGGAUAGCCAGCCAAGCGCUCCGUCCAUCCGACUCACAAUACACCGAAGUCAUUCACACGAACAUAGGCAAUAUCGGAGUGGAGGCGCCCUGUGGACACGUCGACUUCUAUCCCAACGGCGGCAUUGGCAUGCCUGGAUGCUCCACAGCACUCUGCGACCAUUACAGAUCAUAUUUCUACGUAGGUGAAGCUAUGGCAACCGGUGGAUUUACUGGCAUCCAAUGCGCGACACUUGCGGAUGCUAAGAGUGGUUCCUGCAACCUGCCUGGCAGACUACCAAUGGGAGGAGUCAAUCCUAAGACUGGGGCUUCUGGUAUCUACUAUGUGCCAACCAACGGAUCUCCGCCAUUCUCUCAAGGCUAAACCAACUGAUGAAAAGAUAC